UGAGGGCGGCGCUUCCGGUCGGCGGAGCACGGCGGCCAGAGUGGCGGCAGCGGCGGCGGCGGCCGAGUGGCGGGAUGGCGGGCGCCGCGAGCGAGUCGCGCUUCGCGGGGCUGUCGCUCAUGCAGCUGCACGAGCUGCUGGAGGACGACGCGCGGCUCGGUGACAUGGUCCGGGGGAUGGAGGAGACGCAAACGGUUCAGCUUAACAAAGAGAUGACACUGGCUAGCAACCGGAGCCUGGCGGAGGAAAACCUUUUGUACCAGCCCCAGCUGGAUGCGCAGAAAGCUCGCCUGACCCAGAAAUACCAGGAACUCCAGGUUCUCUUUGAGGCCUAUCAGAUAAAGAAGACCAAGCUAGAUAAGCAGUCAAACAGCGCUUCCUUGGAGACUCUGUUAGCACUUCUUCAAGCAGAAGGGGCCAAGAUUGAGGAAGACACUGAGAACAUGGCAGAGAAGUUUCUGGAUGGAGAGCUUCCUCUGGAUGCCUUCAUUGACGUCUACCAGAGCAAGCGGAAGCUGGCACACAUGCGGCGUGUGAAAGUGGAGAAGCUCCAGGAGCUGGUGCUGAAGGGACAGAGACUCCCACAGGCCGGAGCCCCAGUACCGCCCAGGGUGCCUGAGCCAUCGACUGCCACCUCCCUGCCCUACCCGUCUCUGGAGGCCACUGGACUCCCUUCUGUCGUGCCUCGGCGCAUCCCACCACCUCCACCCCCGGUGCCCGCAGGACACAUAGCCACCCCAUUCACUGCUGCCAUGGGCUCAGGACAGGCUUCUCCAUACCCAGGAUUACAGUGCCCACCUCUGCCCCCCAGGGUGGGCCUCCCCUCUCAGCAAGGAUUCUCUGCACAGUUGGUGUCGCCAUACCCACCAGCCCUGCCCCAGAGACCCCCUCCACGGCUGGCUCCACACCAGCCGGGCUUCAUCCUCCAGUGAGCUCUGGCGUCUGUUCUUCUUGCAAGACACCCUCUGCCUGCCAUGCCAAGCUCUGCAAUGGAGGCUGCGGAGUCCAGCAUCUGGGCCAAUGGCUUGGGUGCCCUGGGUCAGUGUGUCCAUCCGAUUUUAGAACUGUAGGUCCGUGGUAAGUAACGAGAGCGAGUUUUGUGGACCAAGGGAGCUCUCUGUGCCAGGCCACUGUCUGGCACGCCCUGUCAUCACAUGGGUCUGUGCUCUGGGUGUGAUUUCUAAAUAUCUAGUGUUGAUGGACUUGUGCAUCUGGAAGAUAAACCUUCCCUCCAGUUUAGAGUCAUGGCCCUCCUGUUGCAGCUUUAUUUAAUAAGCAUGGUUAAUUAUAUCUGUUUUAUUUUCAAGUCUUGGUCUACCAGCUGCUAUGGUGCCGGUAAAGGCUGGUUUACACUGGCCAGCCUGGAACAUGUGCCCACAGCCAGGCCUUGCUGGGCACCUGUGCUGUCCACUCAGUCUGUGCCAUGCAGGUUCAUCAGUCACCUCUCCUCCCGCCAGACUGGAUGCUCUUGGUUCAAAACCGUGAGCAUAGUUUGCACUUGGCUGCCGUGUGCAGAGGCCAGGAGAGCUGUGGCUCUGGGUGAGGCGGUGUGAGCUGGACUUUGCACAGCAGAGUCCUCAGCCCUCACUCACACCUCAAGUCUCAUGAUGGUUUCUGUGAAAAAAAAAAAAAAAACUCAGUGUUUUUACUACACUUGUAAUUUUCCUGUUUUAUAUUUGGAAAGGAAACUUUUUUGACACUCUCAAGACCAUUCAGGGAAACUUUUUUAAAAAUGCAGAGACUGUUUCGAGCUGGUUAAAAAUGCAGAUUUAUUGAGUGCCGCUUCCUGUCAGGCGAGCAGUGCAUGGUCACAUCCGUCAGUGCCCGUGCUGUGCCUUAGCUUCUCUUGGUGCCGGGACUCAGAUGCCUGCAGUGGGCCUCAUUGCUUUGUGAUAGGUCAGAGGAGGCCCAUCUACCUUCAACCAGGAUACUCUCGGAAGUGUUCUCUGCCAUCGCUGACAGUGCUGCAGGUGCUGGCCAAGAGCACAGAAGGGGUUGGGAAAAGCCCACCUCACGGGAAUGACAGCGGUGGCUCCUUCCUCUCUGGGAUCUCAUCUGCAGGUGCCACGUAUGCAGAGUUCCCAGGGCCCAGGUGGGGGAGGGCCAGCAACCACACCUGUUCCCAGAAGAGGGCUGUGUGCCUGUCGGUAGAAGUUAGAGCCCUUCCCGUACCCUGCCAGCUGGCCUCAACCCAAGGUGACAGGGCAGAACUGGUUAGAGAGCCUGUCCCUAGCGGUAGCGCCAGCCCCUGUCCCCAAGUCUGUCCUCCUGCUCCUGGAUUGGACCCUACUGGAGCUGUUGUAAAGAGACAAAGCUGUAUGUACCACCUCGAUACCUCUGCCACCAGCUGCCGCCGGGAGCGCCCACUGCCCCAGUCACGGGCUGCAACCACAUGGGAGCUCCAGGAGGAUGUGGUGAGGGGCUGCCAGGCUGACCUUGCCAUCACUGCCCAGGGCCAUAUCUGGCACCGGGGUUGUAAAGCUGUAGAACUCUUAAUAAAUUGAGAAUUAUUAAUUUCA